CUCGCCUUCUCCUUCUCCCUUCUCGCCCGUCUCUCCUCCCCUCAGUUAGCCCCUCUGUCUCUCUUGUGAUUGUCCAGGAUCCAGAUUGCGGACAGAGGCCUACUAGAACAGGCAUCGAAUUGCGAGGAGAAAGUCUUGACGUCUCCACUUGUUACCCGUGCGGGAUUGCCCCAGCCAAUUCCCCUACACUUUCUCCUUCUUCCUCCCUCUUCCCCCUCCGAAACAACCCAAGCCCGAAACCUCUUGGCCACCGAAUCUCGUACUCUCCCUCACUUUUGUCCCCACGCGUCUUCUUUUCCCUGUCGACCUGUCUUCUUGUGGCUUGGGAAUACAACCUCAAUGUGCUGCUUGGAUUGACCGACUAGUUGAUGCGAGAAUGGCUAUGCGACCUUCAUACUCAUGACUUGUCUGAUUCGGAAUGGUACACUUCUCCGCUGAGACGGGGCUCAAGGCCUCUGUGGGUAUCUUUUUGCUCACUUGCACAUUUCUUGCAACGUCUUACACCACUACUUUUGCCUUCGAUCACCCCCUCAACACAGCUGUGAUCGCAUGUCUCAUCGCUGGCUUCUCCCUCCUUCUACUGAGCCGUUUUAUCAAUCGAAUUCCCAAGCCGUCCUCCGUGCACAAGUACAGCGUCAUACCAUUGGCGGAACGUGACCAAGCGAUCGAAGAACCUUUGUCGCCGAUCAGCUUGGAGAGUAGCAGCAGUAGCAUCACACCUGUGAAGUCGCGCAACCUUCCUCGCUGGUUCAAAAUUGGUCUGCUUACCGUUCUUGGCUGUGUCCGGGUUGGUUUAUAUCGACAAAUAACGAAAAACAUCGAAUGCGCCCCGGACGGCUACGCGUAUGCGAUCCCGUUCUUUAUCGCUAUCUAUGAUUACUGGCGUAAUCAACGCGGCCGGCCAAGCACGAAAUGGGCCGCUCCCGAAGGCCCUCAAAAUGCGCAACUCCGCACAAUAGCGACUGUCGCUAGUCGCAUUCACUUCUUCGUCUUUCGCAGCCAGUUGCGAUAUGUUGCGUCAGCGGUUUGCCUAAUGGCUAGCGGAUAUUUGGCGGUGGCAUUCGAUAAAGGACGAGAAUCGACGUACAUCUGCGCCGCUGUAUCGGGCCAGUACCCGCGCCUACACACCUUGAGAGUUCUCAGCGUUGUUCUCGACUGUAUGGUUUUGAUUGGUGCUGCCGAGUUGGCCAAUGAAGGCGCGCGACCUCGUGAUGGUCGGAGGAAACAGACCUUGGUGUCUUGGGGCUUCAGUCUACUCGGCGUGGCUGCAUUCUGGGGUGCUGUUGUAGCCUAUCUGACUGUCAGAUUCCAUGGCAGUGAUAAUCUUGUCAGUUCGCACUUCCUGCGAAGUGCUAUCGGUCAGGGUGCACUGAUAGCUUGUGUUGUGGUCUCAGGCUCUCAGCUAAUCCCUCACUAUGGCGUCGUCGGCCUCUCGGUGUUGGCCGGCUUUGUCUCCUUGUACUACACCUGGACUGCGACUUUGUUCGAAGGGCACCAGCCAUUCCCCCUCAUCACUGUUGGUCGUGCUUUCGCCGCUCUGCUCUUGAACUAUUGGGGGGGUCUGUCAUUUCUUUACGCGCGAACGGCUUCUGAAGAGGAACCGUCGUUUCUCUAUCGGUUCAACAUCACAUUGCGCGUUGCUAUGACCGUCAUGGCAGGAAUCGGCUUUAUUCUCGUCACACAGCAAGGCAGUGUUGCUCAUUUGCAUCCAAUUGAUCUGCUUAUUUAUGAAGGUAGACAACAUCACGACAAAUGGUUUCACCGCGCCAACAGCAGUCAAACCCUGGCCGAUGCCGUGGCGCAGUAUCGGCUGCAAUAUGAUCAACACCCUCCACCGAAUUUCGAUAAAUGGUACGAAUUUGCGACGAACAAAUCCUCCCUUAUCAUUGAUGAUUUCGAUGAAAUCUAUAACAACCUGCUUCCGUUCCGUGCGGUAGCGCCCGCAGCGAUACGAGACAUGACGCAGAAAUUAGCCACAAACCCGUACAAUGAAAUCGGAGCCAUCAGCAUUCGCAAUGGGACUGCGAGAGUACAAGAGGGCAUCAAGCCUACCCAUGCGUGGAUGGUCAUCAGCGCGGCCAAGAUGAUUGAGAAGUUUGCUGAACACUUGCCGGACAUGGAUCUGGCUUUCAAUCUGAAUGAUGAGCCCCGAGUGGCAGUGCCUUGGGAGAAAAUGUCCGCCCUUCGAGAUCAAGCCCGAUCAUAUCCAGUGCUCCAAGACGAACGCAUCUUGAAUGAAUGGUCGACUGACCGUAGUGACCAAUGGCGACCGAUCGAGCCGGCCGACCAAACGCACGACACCAUGUUCGUGGACAACUCUUUUAAGAACAUUUUUGACCGCUACGUGAGCGCCACUUGUCCUCCAUCUUCCAAAGCGCGCUCUCAACGCAUCUGGGACCGCCGUCACCUCUGCGUCAGCUGUGUUCGGCCUCACUCACUCGGCGAGUUCCCGUCCGACUGGGCCCUGGCGACUGAUAUAUGCCAUCAGCCAGACCUGGCCCACCUUCACGGUUUCUUCAUGUCACCAGCCUCUUUCAAGGUCUCACAGGAGCUCAUGCCGGUUUUCAGCCAGAGUGCGAUUUCCGGCUUUGGCGACAUCAUUUUUCCGAGCCCAUGGAACUACGUUGACAAAAUCGAAUAUAAGCCCUCGGCGGAGUACCCAGAUGCCAACUAUACUGACAAAGCAAACACUCUUUUCUGGAUUGGAAGUACCUCUGAAGGCAUCAGCCACUCAGGCGAGUGGAAAGGCAUGCCGCGACAACGCCUCACCCACCUGAUCAACAAUAACACGUACAAUCACGUCUCCGUGUUCCUGCCUACUACCGACAACACCACCGACUCGUACCGCUACGAGAUUCUACCUGGCACUUUUCCUUCCUCCUCCCUUCACCUCAACACAACAGUCAAUAUCCUCGACCCGAUCGUCCGUUGCCGGCACCAGGAUUGCGACGACCAGACCGCUGAAUUCGGCCUUAGCGGGCGGGUGGACUUUCAAGCUCACUGGCAGAAUCGGUAUCUCUUUGACGCGGACGGCGCCGGUUUCAGCGGCCGCUUCCUUCCUUUCAUGCAGAGCCACAGCCUGCCUUUCAAGACGGGCCUAUUCCGCCAAUGGUUCGAAACGCGCAUAACUCCUUGGCUACACUUCGUACCCGUCGAUGUCCGCCUUCACGGCUUGUGGAGUACCCUGGCAUACUUCUCGGGAGUUGACUCCAGCGACUACUCCUCGACCUCUGAGAGGAAAGCUCGCCUCCAACCCCACGACAUCGAGGGUCAAUGGAUCGCAGAAGAAGGGCGAAAGUGGGCGGCGCAAGUGCUGCGCAAAGAGGAUAUGGAAAUUUACUUCUUCAGGCUCCUGUUAGAAUGGGGGCGCUUGACAGACGAUCGCCGAGAGGAACUGGGGUUUACGCUAUAGUGUCACCUAUGGCUAGUGAGAGCCACCGGCUGUCUCUCUCCAACUAACUUGAUGAUAAUGAUGAUACAGGGGUUGGUGGGGCGGUGGAGGCGACGGACAUGUGUAAUGACUAUAUACUACUACCUAUUGUAACUUCUUGAUCCCUGUUUUUCUGAUCCGAAAUAUAUUCUAAUCGUG